CCCGAAACAUCACGUGAAGUUUUGCUCCGAGUUUGCUGCGCGUGUGUGCGGAAAAUAGCUCCAGUGAAGCGGAAACCGUGAGACCCGAGUUCGGUUUCACAAGCGAAAAGAAAAAAAGAAAAAAAGAAAAGUUGUCAUCCUCCAGAAAGCAGCUGGGGCUGAUUCCAGCAGAGAUGGCGAUCGAGUCGAGCCGAGCUGUUUACUCCAGCGUCUGAAGGAGAAGCGUGUGGUCGGACAGGAGAGGAGAGGAGAGGAGAGGAGAGGAGAGGUUAGGCACCAGGCCAGAGCUGCAUGUGGCUGCUGUUCACAUUUUGCACUUUUAUGAGGAAUGAACUACGGUGCUUCUUCUACUGUCUUCUGAACGUGCUUCUGAUUCUUCUAUGGACACAGACUGAGGUGCGACGUCCAGUACAGAUAGAGUAAAGUGGAGAGAAGAAGAUGCCAGCCCCGCCUCCCCCUCCACCCCCAGGGCCUCCCCCUCCUCCCACCUUUGCUGUUGCCAACACAGAGAAGCCAAAUCUGAACCGUAAUGAGCAGCAGGGAAGAAACGCUCUGUUGGGCGACAUUUGUAAAGGAGCCAGAUUAAAGAAAACUGUUACCAAUGACCGCAGUGGACCCGCACUGGACAAACCCAAAGGCGGUGGAGGCGGAGGAGGUGGUGGUGGUGGUGGAGGAGGUGGAGGAGGAGGUGGAGGAGGUUUUGGUGGCGGAGCUCCUGGUGGUUUAGGAGGCCUGUUUGCAGGAGGGAUGCCAAAACUGAGGUCUGCAGGCAACAAGUCUAACGACUCACCACCCAGCCGAGGACCCAUACUCCCCCCUGGAGGCCGCUCUGCUGGUCCCACCCCAUUUGGUGGCGGUGGAGGCCCACCUAAACUCCCAGGAGGCCCUACUGGUGGCCGCGGCAGCGUCCCUGAUCUCCCCAAGGGCCGUCCCAACCUCUCAUCCAGACAAGACACUUCAGGAGGCCCCCCUCCCCCUGUUCCCAACACCCCUCGACCAAACCAGGGCUUCCAGUCUCGUGCAGGCCCACCUCCACCUGCCCCUGGUGGACCCAGGCCCAGCCAUGCUAGUAUGCCUACACCCCCUGGUGUUCCUUCAGGGAGACACGGACCUCUCCCUCCUCCACCUGGAGGCUCUUCAGCUGGGCCGAGGCCAGGAUUUUCAGCACCUCCUCAUCCACCCCCAAACAACAGCCGGCCUUCUUUUCCAUCUCCUGGAGGGAGGCCUCCGCUUCCUGACGACAGACCUCCACCACCACCAGCUCCUGCUGGAGGUCAUCGGCCAUCGAUGCCCCGUGAUGUGCCCCCUCCUCCACCUUCCGUCAACUCUAAGCCUUCUCCCUCUGUCUCUUCAUCCUCUUCCUCCCGGACAUCGGCUGGUGGGGGUGCACCCCCUCUCCCGCCAGGCCGACCGGGUCCCCCUCCCCUUCCACCUUCCCCGGCCGGAGGGGAGGACCACAGCACCCCACGUUUGCCACAAAGGAACAGCUCUCUCAACAGCCACAGUCCAGCGCCGGCACACGCUCGGACGGGACCUCUGCCUCCUCCACCAAACGAGAGACCACCAUCCCUCGGAAGGAACCAGUCGUCAGUGCGCUCAGGGCCUCUUCCUCCCCCUCCUCCCUCAGGGCGUAGCUCGGGUGGGGGCAGCGUGAGGUCACCGGUAGCUCCUUCUCCUAUUGGUCGGCCGGGCCCGGAGCCACCUCGUGGUGGACCCGGCGGUAGACCUCCCCUCCCUCCGGACAGGCCGGGUACCGGAGCGCCCCCUCCUCCGCCACCCAUGAAUAACGGCUUCCAAAACUCUCACCACAACCAGAUACAGGACGAGUGGGAGGGUCGGUUCAGUUUCCAUCCUGUGUCAGACUUUCCUCCACCCGAGCCCUACGUGCCCUUCCCCAAGACCUACCCGAGCAAGAUCGGCAAGGCUGAUGGCAGAGGGUCUGGUAAAAAGGAGCGAGGGGCUCCUCCUCUCCCUCCUAUACCCAGGUGAAGAAGAGGUGGCAGCAAACAAAACCCCUGGAACUACUUUUUCUGUUCCCCUGCCCGUCUCUCUCUCUCUCUCUCUCUCUCUCUUUCUCUCUAUGUGCUUUUACCUGUUACAUGUGGUUCAUCCAUGGACCGCAACACGUCACAUGGACCUGCAGUACAGUCGACCAAGUAAAAAGGACAGACUCGCAAUGUGGAGUUCACAUCAUGUGCCUCUGUAGCAGCGGAAUGGAAAGCGUUCAAAGACCAAAGCCUGUUUGUAUACGUCGGUACACUUUGUUAAAAAAAAAAAAAGGAAAGGUAAAAAAAAGAUCAAAAGAACAAAAGCUUGCACGUCUUCAGGCACCGUGUGUUCCUUUCAGGUUUACAGCUGUGCUGUACAGCAGCUGACAGAUGCUUUCUGGGUCGGCUUCUUCUUUGACCUGUUUGCUGUGAGACCACUUAAAAACAACAGUAUUGUCAUGAACCAUGAUCCACGUCAACUUAUUUUUUUCCAGUGACCAACUUUUCAUGCUUUGCUUGCCAGAUACUAUGUUUUUCCAACCUGUUAACCUUUUGGAAAAAGAAGAGAAACUCUUGCUUAAAUAAACCAGAGUUUGGCAGGUUGCACAUGAGACAUUCCCAGCAUGUUUACACAACACACACAGCAUUUGGUAAAGCUAAGUCAGCGUCUUACAGCAGUAUCAUUGUCGUCCCAGGGUGUCAGUUCGGGGCUUUUAAUGCAACCAAUCAGCUUCCUCAAGCUAUGUCUCUCGGUGUUUCCCUCGUGCCUUUCUCUAUUCAGGAUCGUAAUCUCCAGGCUGCUUAAAUGAGUUAAGGGAAUUCACCUUUCGUGCCUUAAGUUUGCUCUGCUGGAUUAGAUCACCUCUGCUGAUGUAAAUGUAAAAAGACAAAAGCAAUACUCGAUUGCCACGAUAUCUAGAGUACUCAGCAUAGCAAAGUGUCUUCAAGACAUCGACGCAUAGACAGACAUGCAACUCAAUUUAAAAAUGGCCACAACUUCCUGCUAGAGCUGCAUAAAAACAUCAGGGGAAACAUCCAGGAGUUUAGUUAGCCAAAGCCACACGUGCCUUCAGAGUGUGUUUCUGUGUGUUUCUGUUAGACCACUGAAUGGUACUUUUUUCAUUUGUUAAAUGUGACGUGAGCAUGCAUGUAUUGUUUUUAAAAGGAUGUUGUGUGGUGUUCCGGCAGCAUUGGUUUACAGUGGAACUGAUUCUUAUUUUGCUGAUCUGUUUAAAGCUGCCUUGACUUGAUGAUGAAGGACCUUGUGUAUGUAUCUGUAUGAUUAAAUCAGGCGGUAUUGGAGGACUGUAUUAUUUUAAGUUAUGUGUCUGAACUGUGCAGUAUUACAUUUGUUUUUUUGUUUUUUGGCUUCACCCAGCACUGCUUUGAAUGGUAUUUGUAUACAGGAUGUAUUAUUCUCAUGCUGUUCAAAGAAAAACAUGUUCUUUAAGACAAUCAUAUGGACAUAAACCUAUUUUACGUCAAUAAAUAAAAUGCUUUAAGAUGCUUUAUUUGCUCUA